AACGUGCACAUAGACACAUUAAAUAUGGAACAGUACCGCAGUUGUAUCACGACGGUUCAUUAUGACAUAGAAGUUGUACGGUGUUCUGUCUUUCUCCGUUUUUGUUGUUAGCUAUAUGGACGUUGAACUAGCUGGCUAACGUUAGCCACCUCCCUGUCGCGAGCAACGCUGGGGUAUAUUCUUCGUUUAGGCUUCUGCUCAUCACCGUACUGCAGUAUGUUACAGUGGCCAAAAAGAGCGCCAGGGCUCGGUUAUAGUAUUUGAGCGUUACCGCUGUGCAAGAACAACGUCAGCUCACACCAUUUGUCAACAAUGCACAAGCCAUUGCAAGCUAUAAUUAAUGCCAUAUUCUAUGCAAGUUAGCCAGCCAGAUAGCUUAGACAGUAGUUAAUAUGAUGGUGCAGUACAUAAAUUAAUUGCAACAUUUCAGUGCCCGUGGUACAGUGCUGCUGGUUAAUUUCCGAAAAGCCAUAAGGGAUCAUACAAGGCAGCAUGGAGCGAGCAGGCAGCAUCCAACUGGACAUCCCUGACUUCAGCAACUCUGUGCUGUCCCACCUGAACCAGCUGCGUAUGCAGGGGCGGCUGUGCGACAUUGUGGUGAACGUGCAGGGCCAGAGCUUCCGUGCUCACAAGGUGGUGCUGGCUGCCAGCUCCCCUUACUUCCGAGACCACAUGUCGCUGAGCCAGAUGAGCACCGUAUCCCUGUCAGUCAUCCGCAACCCCUCAGUGUUUGAGCAGCUCCUCUCCUUCUGCUACACUGGGAGGCUGUGCCUGCAGCUGGCUGACAUCAUCAGCUAUCUGACGGCCGCCAGCUUCCUGCAGAUGCAGCACAUCAUCGACCGAUGCACGCAGAUACUGGAGGGCAUCCAUCUGAAGAUCAGUCUGGCGGAUGUGGAGGAGGAGCUGGGGGCCGUAGGGGGCCAUAGGGGGGCUGGGAGCUUGGAGGCCAGAAGAGGAGGCGGGGGAUUAGGAACAUCAGGGGGCUCGCGCUCCCUCAGCCCGCGCCACAGCAGCCCCAGGGUUCUGGGGCCUCGAGGAAGCAGUGCUGGAGGGGCCUUGGAUAUCCGGGAGGUGGGAAGCCCAGCGGGGGAGUCCAUGAGCCCCCAGAUGGUGGAGCACAGCGGGUUGGGCCCAGGGGGGCUGACUGGGGGGGUGGGAGUGGGCAACAGGCUGGGGAAGGAGCCCAUACUGCGCAUCAAUCGGGCUGGCCAGUGGUACGUGGAGGCCGAGUCGGAGAGAGGGAGUGGUGGUGAAGAGGGGGAGUCCGUGCGUGUGGUGGACGGGUUGAGGAUAAAGACUGAGAGGAUGGAGGAGUGGAUUGGGGCCGAUAACCAGGAGGAAGGGAGCGGGGCGGAGGAGGGAGUAGCCAUGAUGAUCGACACGUCCGGGCGCAGCUCGUUGGUGCAGGAGGGUUUUGUCACGGGGGCCAAAAGCUCUCAGCCCUCCAGCAGCUUCAGUGAGACAGAGAGGUUUAGUCCUACUGGCAGUGUGGUGGUGAUGGCCGAGAGACAGAGAGCCAAGAGUGAGUCACCCAGCAGAGCGGACAACCAGCGCCACACCAGCUCACAGGGGGAGGAGCAGGCCGUGUUCGACAUGGGUGGUUACGAGGAGUACCUGCGUGAACAGGUAGGUGACCGCUGGUUCCGCUACAACCCUCGGCUCACCUGCAUCUACUGCUGCAAGUCCUUCAACCAGAAGGGCAGCCUGGACCGCCACAUGCGGCUGCACAUGGGCAUCACACCUUUCGUUUGUCGCAUCUGCGGCAAGAAGUACACCCGCAAGGACCAGCUGGAGUACCACAUUCGCAAGCACACAGGAAACAAGCCCUUCCAUUGCCACGUCUGCGGCAAAAGCUUCCCCUUCCAGGCCAUCCUCAACCAGCACUUCCGCAAGAACCACCCGGGCUGUGCCCCUCAGGAGGUGGCCCACAGCGCCUCCCCAGAGACCACCACUGUCUCCUCCCGGGGGGCCCAGAAUGAGGAGGGGUCGCCCAGCCAGGAGGAGCCAGAGGGGGGUAGCAGCGGAGGUGGAGGUGGGGCCUCUUUUGGAGAGGGUGCCCAGGCCUCGGUCUCCACCACUGGGCCUGAUUGACCCAGUGGACCAGGGAGGGAGAUGGUUGGGGUAUGGGAGGAAGGUAUAGGUUUUGGGGGGGCAAUUAGGCUGUCAUUUUGUACUCUCCUUCCAGGGGAGGAAAGAAAAUAUAUCUUGAAGUUGCUUCAAAGGAAUGGCUGAAAAGGGAGUAGGUGAUUUCAGAGGGUUUCAAGUCCAUCCAGGGUGUUAUUUUUAUAAGCAUUUUUCAAAUCCUUUCAACUGAACAGCAGGGACUGGAGUUCCAGAAUGAUGCAAAAGAGUAGUUUGAUAGGGCACUUUGUAUUAUAUAGUUAUUUAUAAGUGAUAUUUCCGCUUUAAACCACAUCUACCUUCACAAUACAAACUGAACAGAUAAAGCUAACACGAAGAAAUGCCACACACUCCAAAAACCUCAUACAACACUGAAUGCCGUGGUCUUUAUUUGACUUGUCUAUUUUCCCAUGUUACAGUUUUAUACUUUUGUAUUACCUAUUUACAGGUUCAGAAUGCAGAAAAAUAACAGGUUGAACUGGUCACAGUUUGGUCAUAUUGUAUUAAUAUUGCCAAAACACUGUGCCAGUAGAAUAACUACAUACAUACUCUCCAUGUUUUCCUUUUGCCUUGAGACAAUCUUGAGCAGUUGGGGGUCAAUAAUAGAUAAUCAGACUCCUCUUCAUAUAUGCUCAUUUUAAGUGCCAGAAUGGCUUAAGAAAUGCAAUUGCACAUGAAAAGUAGAUAUGGCCCAGUGAACCAAAAACGGUUAAUUUGCUAGUAAUAAGUACAAUGAUGAAAAUAACACAACCUUCUUGACAGAUGUCCGUCUUAUGACGAUUUUAUGUCAAGGGUCAACAUGGCUAAAUGCUUUCAAAAGUGUACCAUUAUUUAAUCUACAACAAUUUUACAGAUGUAUUGUUAAGAUAUUGACAAAUGUAAAAGAGGCCUUUUUAAAAGAGGACUCUUAAUCUAUCUGUAUUUUACCCGCUAAAACCUCAUAUCUCUACAUUCUUCAACUAGCACAGGAAACUCAAUGGUCUUUAACCUCAGAUAAGCUACAAUAAAACUCAGUUACCUCUCACACAUCACUACGCAAUACAGCUCUACUCCAAGCAGAUUGGUCGAUGCACUCAGCAGAAUUUACAGUAUGUAAUUGUUUUCUCAUUUUUCUAUGUUGUGGUUAAUGUUAACUACUUUUUUUAUAAGUGACAUAUUUUUCGCAUAGGCACGUGUCUUCGGAACAUUUUUAUCUAACUCUGACAAUGUAUCUAGAGGAUGUAAGAGACGAGACAAGUUUGUAAUGGAGGACACUCGUAUCCCUAUUAGGGGAGUCCUAAGGAGGAGCAGGAAGGGAGACAAAUAAGACUGUACUGUAGUACCACCCACGAGAAAGCAGGAGUUCACUGACUGCCAUGGAUGGCCCAUCACCAGAGGAUAGACACUCAGCCUGCAUGCUUGCUACAGUAGAGUGUGCUCCAUUGGAAAUCAGUAAGAAGAGGAGGCAUCCGGGCAACCAAUGGAAUUGAGAGGACAAGCCAAGGAACUUAUUUCCCUCCCUUGCAUGGAGGCCAAAAUAACUAUGCCAAGCACUUAAAGGAGGGGUUCGAAAGGAUAGCAUUUUUAAAGAAUUAUGUAAAAGGUAUAUAUCGCAUAUGCAUAUUUAAAAACAUUUGUUAUAUAAGAGUAAAGAUAACCUAAACAACUUGCUAAGAUGUUGAACACAGAUAUAAUGGUAGCAUAGUGGAUUGGCUGUUUGUUAUUUUUUUCCCUUUUAGUUUUACAGAGCUGUGAAUCAUUUGUGGGUGUGACAGGAGUUUUUAUGAAUGGGUGUAUGCAAGUGAAAAACAGCUACUGAUUUGUCCACUGGUUUUUUCUUAUCCGAAUUGAGAAUACAUUACACAUCACCACAGUACACCUCGGUCUAGAUUCGUCAGACAAAAACAGGUCAACAUUUGUUACAACAAAUAUCAGGUAUUUUUGUUUACUGUUUUUAAGUUUACUCUCUUUGUAAGUUACAUUUAAGAUUAUGGAGUAAAAACAUGCUUGGGCUAACUGCAGUGAUAUCUUAAAGCAAGCUUAAUUUAGCAAGUGCGCAAAGCUUAAAUAUACAUGUAUUAAUAAAACAUUUUGUGUAAAUGAAAAUGCCAUUAUGGCAGUAGCAAUUCAGCUAUUAUCUUACAUUGAAACUAGGGAUGCACAAAUGUGGAAAUGAUGCCGGUCGCUUAGGGCCCCAGCCGCUAGAGUUUUUAGGAACUCAGCUGGGGUCUCAAUUUACAAUUUCGAAAUUUGGUUGUGCAUCAGCAGUUUUUCCUCUUAUGUCAGUCACUGACUCACUCAAUUAGCCCAU